CACAUUUAUAACUCAUUGUGGCUUUAAAGGCAGCACAUGUGAUUCUUCACUGUUUGUUUAUCACUCUGGAUCUGACAUUGCCUAUUUAUUGCUCUAUGUGGAUGAUAUUUUACUUACAGCUUCAUCAGAUGCUCUCCUUCGGCGAUUUAUUACGGCAAUGAAGCAGGAAUUCUCUAUGACUGGUCUUGGCCCGCUGCAUCACUUUCUUGGAUUGGCUGUCACACGAUCUUCAUCCGAAUUAUUCUUGUCUCAAUCUCUUCAUGCACAAGCAAUCCUUGCACGAGCUUCUAUGACAAAUUGUAAGCCAGUAGCUACUCCUGUUGAAACUUCUGCAAAACUUAGUGCAUCUCUUGAUACUCCUCCAGUGGAUCCCACUCUGUAUCGCCAACUCACAGGGGCUCUCCAAUAUUUGACUUUCACUCGUCCUUAUAUCUCUUAUGCAGUGCAACAAGUCUGCCUCUUUAUGCAUGAUCCUCGAUAGCCUCAGUUUAAUGCUCUUAAACGCAUUUUGCGCUAUCUAUUCAUCACAGAGAAGGCUCUUUCAACGGUGGCCGUUGCAAUUGGUAACAUAAAAUUCAACUCAAUCAGACAAUAUAUCACGUGAAAAGAAUUGUGAACUUUAAG